AUGGAAUUUUACACAUAUCCAUCUAAUCCUUUGCCCUCAUCUUCAUCUUCUUUGUUAUCAUUCGGGUAUUUCAUCGACAAAAUUAAACAAUGUUUCGGCUUCGCUCUGUCUGCAAUUGUCGGAAAUGUAUUCUCUGCAGUUUUCACCUUUUUCUUUGCCAUAGUUGGUACUUUAUUAGGUGCAAUGACCGGAGCUCUAAUCGGGCAAGAGACCGAAAGUGGGUUUGUUAGGGGGGCUGCCGUUGGUGCCAUCUCUGGUGCUGUUUUCUCAAUCGAGGUCUUCGAGUCUUCACUGCUUUUAUGGCAAUCAGAUGAAUCUGGCGUUGGAUGUAUACUGUAUUUGAUUGAUGUGAUUGUGAGCCUUUUAAGCGGUAGACUCGUCCGCGAACGCAUUGGUCCAGCUAUGCUUAGUGCUGUGCAAAGUCAAAUGGGGGCCAUGGAAACAAUGACCUUUGAAGAGGACGCGAACAUUUUUGACACAGGUGGAUCAAAGGGUCUGGCUGGAGACACAGUUGAAAAGAUCCCGAAGAUUACAAUUGGUAAAGAUGGAAAUGUUGAUGCUUCUGGGGAGAGAAUCUCUUGUUCAGUCUGUCUUCAGGACUUCCAGGUCGGGGAAAUUGUUCGAAGUUUGCCUCAGUGCCACCACAUGUUUCACCUCCCUUGCAUUGAUACCUGGCUGCUUAGACAUGGAUCUUGCCCAAUGUGCAGGAGGGACCUGUAA